UGAACAAACGCUCAAGCUGCGUCACCACAUGCGUCCGCAUUAGUUACACAGGAAUAUCACUUCUCAGGGAAUAUUAACAAUCCCAUGUACCAAAAGAAUUGCAGGAACACUUAGGACGAUCGAAGAAGAGAGACGAUAACUCCAUUUCACCCUUCACAUGGAGAAGGGCAGCGAACUUCACAUAGUGGUCUUUCCAUGGCUAGCCAUGGGACAUCUCAUACCAUUUCUCCGAUUCUCCAUGGUUUUAGCUCAAAAGGGUCACAGAAUCUAUUUCGUUUCAACGCCAAGAAACAUCAAUAGGCUUCUCCGAUCAACGCAAAAGCUAUCUUCUAACGUUUCCCUAAUAUCCCUUCCCUUACUUUCCGUGCCUGGUCUACCGCCGAACGCAGAGAACACCUCAGACAUACCCUACUCCAAACAACAGUUACUGAAGAAGGCCUUUGAUCUGCUUCAACAUCAGCUAACCGAUUUCAUGCAAUCCACAAGACCAGACUGGGUUAUUUACGAUUACGCCUCUCAUUGGUUGCCGUCUAUAGCCUCUGACCUUGGUAUCUCAGCCGCCUUCUUUAGUCUCUUUACCGCCGCAACACUGAGCUUUGUUGGCCCGCCGUCGAUGUUGAUGAACGGUGAGGAUUCCCGGUCGAAAGCCGAGGACUUCACGGUCGUGCCUAAGUGGGUUCCUUUCGAGUCAAACGUGAUGUAUCGCAUUCAUGAGAUUACCAAGUAUGUGGACAAAACAAAGCAGGAUGAAACUGGACCAAGUGACUCGGUUCGGUUUGGCUUUGCGGCUGGAGAGGCUGAUCUCGUUAUUAUUAGAAGCUCACCGGAGCUUGAACCGGAAUGGUUCGAACUCCUUGGCAACCUGUUGACGAAACCGAUUAUACCACUGGGUUGGUUGCCUCCAGAAGAAGAAGAAUAUCGCAGCAGUGAUAUUGAAUGGGCAUAUAUUAAAGAAUGGCUAGAUAAAAAGGAAGCCGAGUCAGUUGUUUAUGUAGCUCUUGGUACUGAGGCUUCUCUGACUCGACAAGAAGUGAGCGAGUUGGCUCUUGGGUUGGAGAAGUCGAGGUCGCCAUUCCUUUGGGCACUCAAGAGCACACCAGGGUCAACUCAGAACGUGUUGGAGAUGCUACCGGAUGGGUUCGAGGAGCGAGUCAAGGAUAAUGGGCUCAUUUACAAGGAAUGGGCUCCACAAGUGAAGAUAUUGGGCCACGAGUCAGUUGGGGUAUUCUUGACUCACUGUGGUUGGAACUCGGUUGUUGAAGGACUGUCGUUCAACAGGGUUUUGAUUAUGUUUCCAGUGCUAAAUGACCAAGGGCUCAAUGCUAGAUUGUUACAGGGAAAAAACCUCGGGAUAGAGAUACCAAGGAACGAGCAAGAUGGGGCAUUUACUUCCGAUUCGGUGGCCGAGCUUGUGAGGCAGGCAAAGAUUGAUGACCCGGACAAUAUGACGAAGAAGAUGAGAGGCCUGAUUGGAGAUAGGGAUAGGAACAGUCAACUAACGUCGGCAGUUGUUCAUUAUCUCGAAGAGAACAAGAUUUCCAAGUUAAGGGCCUGCUAAGUGUUAUUACCAGCAAUUUUUCAAUCUCGGAUUUGAUGUUUAAUAAAACGUUGAUUUGAAAUGAUUA